AUGGAUGGACCCCUUGCGUUCGGUUACAAAGUUACAUACCAGUGGGUUAUCAGUCGUGCCAAAGAGAUUGGUAUAGAACCCGAGGACGACUCCGUUAGAGCGAGGGCAGAUGUUAUGGUGGACCUGAUAACCACCCUCGCAGCGCAAGUCGGCUUGUUACGGCAGGUCCGGCCAAUCUGUGUCAGGGGCAAAGGUGUUGUUGCUUUCUGCAUCGCCUCCACUGACCCCGGCGACGGGCUACCUCGGAGAGUGACGGAUGCUGCCAAGAUUGAGAAGCUCAGGCAGAUGGUUGGCGCAGACGGGCCUCCGAGCUGGUGGCGGCAGGAUUAG